CCGGUCUUUCCAUAAAAUAUUGUCAACAUGACAACAAAAAAUAAGAAGACCAGGAAGCUGAGAGGCCAUGUCAGUCAUGGACAUGGUCGUAUUGGCAAACACAGGAAACAUCCUGGUGGUCGUGGUAAUGCUGGUGGUCAGCAUCAUCAUAGAAUCAACUUUGAUAAAUACCAUCCUGGUUACUUCGGUAAAGUUGGUAUGAGAUACUACCAUAAGACCUUGAAUAAGUUCCACUGUCCUGCUGUUAACAUAGAAAGAUUGUGGAGUUUAGUAUCAGAACAAACUAGACAAGUGUAUAAAGACAAAAAAGACAAGGCACCAGUCAUUGAUGUAGUAAGAGCUGGAUACUACAAAGUUCUUGGAAAAGGACAUUUACCAAAACAGCCAAUGAUAGUGAAAGCCAGAUUCUUCAGUAGAGAGGCAGAAAAGAAAAUAAACUCUGUUGGUGGAACAUGUGUCCUAGUGGCAUAAAUUUCAAUAAAAAUAACUACAGUCUA